UUUUUUUAAAAAAUAGAAUUUUUAUCUGGCAAUCCUGGUUAUGCAACAAAAUUUGAUUUUUUUUGGUGUUCAAUAGAUGUUUAUUUUUGUUAUCAACGUCACAUUCAUUUUCGGUGCAAAACAUUUCGAUCCUUUUUAAAAUGUUAUUUCAAGUCCCAACAUAUUAUUAUAUGGUAUGUCCUUUACCAACAUUAUUACCUAGUACUUUACACUAAGAGUGCAUAAUAAAAUAAGUAUACAGUACAGUACAGUGAUACAGUGUAGACUAUAAUUAAUAAUAUUAAUAUAUAUUAUAAUAUUAUAAUAUAAUAUAUUAUAUAACUUAUAAACCUACCAUUCAAUCCUUUUAAGUUAUAACUAUGCAAUGUUGAACUAAAAUUAAAGUCUUAGUAUUAAUUAGUAUCUCACUUAAAUUGCGGUGGUAGUAUGUCAACUUCCAAAGGAAUCUUUAUUAAUAAAGAUCUAAUUCUAAUAUUUUAAGUGAAAGUGUUAUUCAGAUUAUAUAUUAUAUAAACUUUGACUUUUAGUGAUUUUUUUAACAAAAUAAAAUUGAAGAAAUUAAUGUAGGCCAAAAACUAAUUUUCCACUCUUACUCUUAGUUCUCUUAGUUUUUCAGUUGGAGACCAGUUAGUUAGUGAGGUAUCUUAUUUAAUUUAAAUUAUUAUUAAUUAUCAUUGAUUGUGACACGAUAAUUCAUAUUUAAUUGAAUAAAUUUACUAAUUUAAAAAAAAAUUAAUUAAUAAUGAAAUUUUACUGAUAUUUAAAUUGAGAUUUUUAUGUUAAUGGUUAGGUCUAAUGAGCAUUUCCUUUUUUGUGACUACUAUUUUACUUCAGAUUUCAUAUUUUAGUAUUAGGCUGCUGAGAGAUGACCAGUCACAAGGCUAUCCACUGGUUUCGCAAAGGGUUGAGAUUACAUGAUAACCUAGCUUUUAUAAAAGCUACUGAGCAAGCUACAGAACUCUAUCCAGUAUUUGUUUUAGAUCCUUGGUUUGCAAAGUCAGCAAAAGUUGGUAUUAAUCGAUGGCGUUUCCUGCUACAGUCCCUUGAGGAUUUAGAUAAAAGUUUGAAGUCUUUAAAUUUGCGGUGAGACUAUGCAAUGAUAAUUUUAUUUUACUAUCACCAUAAUUAAGUUAAUUCAUGGCUAAGCACUUUAUUACUAAAUAUGGCGAGCAACGUUGUUUUUGAAGUUGAAGUCUGAAAAUCUCUUAGAGUGCCAAGAAAUCUUCAAAAACAUUUUUUAAUGUUCAAUGGAAUUGACAGAGGGCUUGAAUUUAAGUUGUUAAUUCAUCCCAUGUUCUCAAAUUAUAUUAAUAUUAUAUUACAUAAAUGUAUUAAAUUAUUUCAAACUUAAAAAUGCCAGACUUAAACCCGAAAUGUGAUUUUAAUGAAGUAAUGAAGAAAAAAAUAGAUAAUUUUGUUGCUGUUUUCAAAGAUUCCAUUAAAGCUGAAAAUGUUAUUAUUCUGUAUAUUUAUACCUUUAAAAUGUAUCUCUUCAAAGUCUAUAUGUGGUGAGAGGGAAUCCAGAAAUUGAACUGGAGAAAUUGUGUCGUCUUUGGAAGAUAUCCAAGUUGACAUUUGAAAUUGAUACAGAACCAUACGCUGUGCUCAGAGAUGAGAGAGUUGAAUCUAAGCUGCGCUCAUUGGGAGUAGAUGUUAUUAGAUGUGUAUCUCACACAUUGUAUGAUGUAUACCAGUAAGCUGUUAUACCUAUCAUAAUCUUAUGCAGAUAUUGGUGAAAACAUUCUAAUAUGUUUCAUCUGUUUAGUUAAAUAGAAUAAUAGUGUUGAGCACAAUUUUAACAUGACUUGAAAAUGUUUUUUAAAAUUGAAAUAGAUUUAUAAUGUGUUCUAAAAUUAAUAAUUGAAAUAUUUUGUUUUCUUCAUUAAACUUAAAAAUGAUAUUUGAAUUUACAUAGCUGCAUUUUUUAAAUUUAAUUUAAUGCUCAUAUUGUCCAUGUACACAGAACUGUCAAAGCUAAUGGAGGCAAAGUUCCGCUGACAUACCAGGGCUUUCAGGCUGUUGUGUCAAAAAUGGGAGCCCCACCUGAAGCGGUAGGUUCCCCUACACGUGAAGCUCUUUCAAGUAAAUAAUUUCCUUGUUUCUUAAACCAAUCCGCCUAACCAACUUUUCCUGUGAGCCCUCAACUACCUAAGCUAAGGGGCUUGACUCUAUUGGGAUACUAUAUUUGUUUUUGAUUGUUUUAUAAGAAAAAUAAAAGGGGCAUUUUAUCAUUGAGAAAUUUAUACUUUAUGACUUAAUAAAAUUAAAACAUUGAUGAAUUUAUUUUAUAAUUAUUUGUUUAAAAAGAAAACAUUGUUUCAAAAUGGAGUUAUACCCCUUCGAUAGGCAUGGAGAGGGUUUGCGUUAAAAGUAGGUUAGGCAGGAGUGGGUUCAUGGCGUUAUUAUGUGAGAUGACGUUAUGCUAUGCUUUAGGCAGGAGUGGGUUAAUUAUAUAUUUUUAUGUUGAGUUUGUCAUCAUGUGAGUUUAGCUGCAUGUUAUUUUCUGCAUCUGAUUCAUCUUCUGAGGCAGAACUUACACAUGUCUUACCUGUUUGAAACAAAAUCUAUUAUUUUGUUACAUCAGAUAUGUGACCACAAUUUAUAAUGGUCACAAGAUUUUAGAGCAAUCUAUUAUGAAGUAGUUUGUCAUUAUUGUUAUAUCUUUUUUCUGCAAAAUUAAUGAAUUAAUUAUGAGUUUUAUCUUAUCAAUGAAAGAAUAACUGGUAAAAUAGCACUUCAAACCAGCAAAACACAAAUUAAUAUGAAUUAGCGUCACAUGGGUUCCAUUUUGCUUUCCAAAUAUCAGGUUGUAAAACACCAAUUGGGGAAUUACAUGAUAAAGACUAUGGGGUGCCAACAUUGGCAGAGUUAGGCAAGUCUGAAAGUGAUUGUGGCCCUUUAUUGUAUCCCGGUGGUGAAACUGAAGCACUAGACAGAAUGGAGAGGCACCUCAAGAAAAUUGUGAGAACCAUUUAAUGCUUCUUUACUAGUCUAAUAUCUAAGGAUAAAUUUCAAGAUUUAAGAUGCAUAAUUUCAUUUCAGAUUUGAAAUUAUUGAUAAUUAAUAUUCCAUAUUUGUACCAUUUGUUUGACAGAACUGGAUUUGUACAUUUGAAAAGCCCAAUACAUCUCCAAAUUCAAUAGUACCCAGUACAACAGUACUGAGCCCUUAUAUCAAAUUUGGCUGCCUGUCAUCCAGACUUUUCUAUCACAAACUCGCACAAGUGUACCAGGGUAAGGUAAGACUAACCACUAGUUAUAGAAAAAUGGUUCUAUUUAUCUGUUAAUUUCCUGUAUUUAUUCCUGUAAUACCUUUGCACCGAUCAACAUGUUUUCAUCAUCAUCCCAAUGGGAAGUUACAGGAUGCUAAAAAAGAAGGUUUCUUCAGUUAGUCUUUGACUUAACAUGUAUUAAAAAAUGAUUUUUGAAGCCUUGAAAAAUUAACUGGCAUGUUAAACAAUAAAUAUCACCUGAUAGAGAUCAAUUUAACUGAUUCUCUGUUGAAAUAUUUCUUGAUUUUAUCAAUGUUUUAAACUUCAUAAUAUUUGAAAUUCUUUUAAACAUUGCUUAUUUGAACUAUUUCAUAAUGAAUCCAUAUGGUUUAAUUGAGCUUCCUUGUUAGUUUUUAAUGUUCUUACUUCUGCUGACUCAUAGAUUAAAAUCAAACCGUCAUCAAUUCAUUUUUUGGGGGGAGAAACUACCCGCCCUUAAGCCAUGGAAUUGUGAAAUAAAUUUUGACGUUGAAAAUAUCUCUUUUAAAAAUGUUAGUGUCAAGUUUUUACUGCCCCAGCCUGUUUGUAAAAACAUUUAAUUGUUCAAGUGGUAUCACAUGAUCACAAUUUAUCAAUCAAAAAGAAUGUUUUAUGUUUCAAUAUUCUACGACAUGUCAAUUUAUUUAUUUUCAUAUCAGAAACACUCCGCCCCACCAGUCUCCUUACAUGGCCAGAUGUUAUGGAGAGAAUUCUUCUAUACUGUAGCCGCCUCUACCCCAAACUUUGACUCCAUGCAGGGUAACUCUGUGUGCAGGCAGAUACCUUGGGGGUCAAAUGAGGAACACCUUUCUGCUUGGACACAUGUAAGUUGGUGCCACAUGAUAGAGUGUGUCCUAAUUUCAUUCUUGAAGAUAAUUCUAUUUAAAAGCAGUUGAUGCCUACAGUUUCUGCUAAAACCCCAGUGGACAUUUGAAUUUGUUGCCCUAAAUUGUAAUAUCUGUAUUUUGUUUUUCUCAGGCUAAGACUGGGUUCCCAUUUAUUGAUGCCAUCAUGACACAGCUGAGACAUGAAGGCUGGAUUCAUCAUCUGGCCAGGCACGCUGUUGCCUGUUUCCUGACUAGAGGAGAUUUGUGGAUCAGUUGGGAGGAAGGCCAGAAGGUGGGGAGAUUUAUGGAUUAGUAAAUAGAAAGGCCAGAAGGUGGGGAGAUUUUUGGAUUAAUAAAUAGAAAGGUCAGAAGUUUAGGAGAUUUAUGGAUUAGUAAAUAGAAAGGUCAGAAUAUGGGGAGAUUUAUGGAUUAGUAAAUAGAAAGGCCAGAAGGUGGGGAGAUUUAUGGAUUAGUAAAUAGAAAGGUCAGAAUAUGGGGAGAUUUAUGGAUUAGUAAAUAGAAAGGCCAGAAUAUGGGGAGAUUUAUGGAUUAGUAAAUAGAAAGGCCAGAAGGUGGGGAGAUUUAUGGAUUAGUAAAUAGAAAGGCCAGAAGGUGGGGAGAUUUAUGGAUUAGUAAAUAGAAAGGCCAGAAGGUGGGGAGAUUUAUGGAUUAGUAAAUAGAAAGGUCAGAAUAUGGGUAGAUUUAUGGAUGAGUAAAUAGAAAGGUCAGAAGGUGGGGAGAUUUAUGGAUGAGUAAAUAGAAAGGUCAGAAUAUGGGGAGAUUUAUGGAUGAGUAAAUAGAAAGGCCAGAAGGUGGGGAGAUUUAUGGAUUAGUAAAUAGAAAGGCCAGAAGGUGGGGAGAUUUAUGGAUGAGUAAAUAGAAAGGUCAGAAUAUGGGGAGAUUUAUGGAUUAGUAAAUAGAAAGGUCAGAAUAUGGGGAGAUUUAUGGAUUAGUAAAUAGAAAGGUCAGAAUAUGGGGAGAUUUAUGGAUUAGUAAAUAGAAAGGUCAGAAUAUGGGGAGAUUUUUGGAUGAGUAAAUAGAAAGGUCAGAAUAUGGUCGAAAUUAGUUUUAUAUUGAGUAUUUUAUUAAAUAAAUAUUUGGAAGAGUUUCUUGCACCUCUUUCACAUAUUUCUUUUUUUUUAAAUUUCUGUUUUGUGCCAGCCAAAAUUUUAUCAUCUUAUUUUCAGUUUAAGUUUUUCAAUGUUUUAACCCAGUUUUAUGGUUGCAGGUGUUUGAAGAGCUCUUGUUGGAUGCCGACUGGAGCCUCAACGCAGGCAACUGGAUGUGGUUAUCAGCUUCAGCUUUUUUCAACCAGUAUUUCCGUGUCUACAGUCCAAUAGCGUUUGGGAAAAAAACUGAUCCAAAUGGAGACUAUAUCAAGUAAGCAUUUUAAACUUCCCAUCGAUUAAUGAGAUAAAAAGUUUUCAUGUGAACUAGAAUACAGACCUACUGUUCAUUGCACCAUUGGAGCACACAUGACUGAAAUACUGUGAACGCUAAGCUAUAGAAUAGUAAUUUGUAUACACAAUAAAAAAUAUUUUUUUAAUGCACAAAAAAAACACAAGCUUAUUUAUAUUUUACUAUCUUUAUUAAUCAGAAAAAUCUUCAAAUAAAGAAAUCUGGAUUUUGUUCUUGUGAUGAUAGAAGAAGUAAAUUUCAGUGGUUAGAGCAGGCCUGGGGGCAAAUGGCCAGGCUAAUCCCCAAUGGAAUAUGUGCCUAGGAGCAGGAGAUAUUCACAACCAUCACAUUGAUUUGUUUUCAAAUAUUUUUUUCUCUUUUUAAAUUAUCAUCUUUUAAUGAAACAGUGUUAUUGAAAUGUUUUUUCUUAAAUUUUACUGCAAUUUCUACAAAUUAAAAAAAAAUAUAUUAAGGGAAGUAAUAGCUACAUUUUUUUUCAUUUAGGUUUUAGACUUAUUCUCCUUUAUUACUUUUUAUUCUGGUUUGCUCUAUCUGCACCCAUCAUAUCCUGUUAUCACAUUAUUCUAGGUGCACCCGUCACCUCCUUAUAUCACAUUAUUCUAGCUUAGCCGCACCCGUCAUCUCCUGAUAUCACAUUACUCUAGCUACACCCAUCAUAUCCUGUUAUCACAUUAUUCUAGGUGCACCCGUCAUCUCCUUAUAUCACAUUAUUCUAGCUUAGCCGCACCCGUCAUCUCCUGAUAUCACAUUACUCUAGCUACACCCAUCAUAUCCUGUUAUCACAUUAUUCUAGGUGCACCCGUCAUCUCCUUAUAUCACAUUAUUCUAGCUUAGCCGCACCCGUCAUCUCCUGAUAUCACAUUACUCUAGCUACACCCAUCAUAUCCUGUUAUCACAUUAUUCUAGGUGCACCCGUCAUCUCCUUAUAUCACAUUAUUCUAGCUUAGCCGCACCCGUCAUCUCCUGAUAUCACAUUACUCUAGCUACACCCAUCAUAUCCUGUUAUCACAUUACUCUCUCAAUGCUGUUUUUUGGUGCUCUGACAAUUUUAAAUGAUCACAUAUUUUAAUCUUUGACAGGAAAUACAUCCCCAUACUAAAGAAGUACCCGGCCAAGUACAUCUAUGAGCCGUGGAAGGCCCCGCUGAGUGUACAGCAAGCUGCAGGCUGUGUUGUUGGUAGGGACUAUCCUCGUCCUAUUGUAGAUCAUGAAGCCGCACGGGAUACUAAUCUGAAGAAAAUGUCCGAGGCUUAUGCCAAAGCUAAACAAACUGGAGGCAGUAAGUCUUGCUGAUCAUAGUCAAGAUUCAUUGACUAAAGAAUGCAGAAAUGCUCUAAUCUUGAAUAUAAGAUAAUCUGGCUAAUUAGUCUUUGCAGUAAUACUAAUCAAAUCUGGCUAAUUAGUUUUUGCAGUAAUACUAAUCAAAUCUGGCUAAUUAGUCUUUGCAGUAAUACUAAUCAAAUCUGGCUAAUUAGUUUGUACAGUAAUGCCAAUGAAAGGGAUUCCACAUAGCUUCUACGUGAUUGCAGAUAUUUCUUUGAAAUCAGUUCAGGCAAUUAUGUAUGUGAUUGAAAUUCUGUAUAUUCUGAAUCUGUCUGUGAUUUGAGAAUAUAUUUUAUGGGAUCCAACAUAGUGUUCAGAUUCUGAUUUUUAUUGUUAGCUAUGCCUCUUACUCCUCGUGGGGCACAGGCCGUUUAAAAGAGUUUGCCAUUCAUCUCGGUCCUGUGCUUUCCUUUCCAGUUGCUUCCAGCUGUAGCCUCUAGCUGGCAUCUCCAUUUAUUCUUUGGCCUUCCUCCCUGUCUUUUUUCCCUGUGGAUUCCAUGUUAGGCAUUAUCUGGUGAUAUUAUUCAGGGGUUUAUUAAGAGUGUGCCCUAUCCACCUCCUCCUUUUGCUUCUUAGGCCUCUGGUGUGUCCAUUCCAGCCAGUCUUUGUUGGUGAUGAUGUUUGGCCAUUUUAUGUCCAGGAUUUUUUUUAAGGCAAUUGUUUAUGAAGGUCUGUAAUGCUCGAUGUUGUUCUCCAAGUUUCAGAGUAGGACUGCUAGUAGUUUCCACAGUUGCUGAGAUCACCUUUCUUUGGUAUCUUGAUAAGGUAUCCAUCUUUCCAAUCUUUUGGAACUCUCUCUUCUUCCCAUAUCUUUUCAGAUGGUGCAGCAUGUUGACUAUUUAAUCCAUAUCUGUUCUUCUCAUCCCUUUUAUGAUGUUAUCCGGUCCCGAUGUUAUACACUUGGUCCAGAUGUUAUACACUUGGUCCCGAUGUUGUACACUUGGUCCCGAUGUUGUACACUUGGUCCCGAUGUUAUACACUUGGUCCCGAUGUUAUACACUUGGUCCCGAUGUUGUACACUUGGUCCCGAUGUUAUACACUUGGUCCCGAUGUUAUACACUUGGUCCCGAUGUUAUACACUUGGUCCCGAUGUUAUACACUUGGUCCCGAUGUUAUACACUUGGUCCCGAUGUUAUACACUUGGUCCCGAUGUUAUACACUUGGUCCCGAUGUUAGACCAAUUUUAAGCUGCUUUACAGCCUUUCCUAUUUCUUCUUUAUUUGGGGCACUCUUCAAUCUGUCAAUCUUCUGUUGCUGGCUGUAUAUCAGGUGAGUCUGUGGGUCGUUUGGGGCACUCUUCAAUCUGUCAAUCUUCUGUUGCUGGCUGUAUAUCAGGUGAGUCUGUGGGUCGAGGUCUGUUUAGUCAUUCCUCAAAGUAUUAUUAUUGCACCCAUAUUUUUGGGUUCUUUUUGUUCCAUCAUUGAUCUACCUUCUUUGUCUUUAAAUGGUCUCUCCGGCUUCUUGUAUCUUCCUGAGAGCUCUUUUGUUAUAUCAUAGAGCUCUUUCAUGGUCCCCCAUCUUGCUGCUUCUAAUGCUGUUCAUUCUAGACCAUCUAUGUAAGCUCUUGUCUUGUACAAAAACAAUUUAAUGCUUACCUGUUCAGAUUCUUGCAAUUGAUGUUUUUUUUUUACUUUGCUACUUUUGGAAAGUCAUGAUAUAAUUGAUAGUUUAUAAUACAUAUGGUUGUGUCAUAAGUGUAUAUACAUAUAAAUAUAAUCAACCAUGGUCUCAAAAAUGUGCCUACAUGCAUAUACGGUAUUCCGUUUUUUAUUACUUUGUUGAGUGGGGUGGGUGAGGCAGGGUGUGUUUCAAAGCCCAAAAUUUGAAACUUAAAACAAUUGCAGUCAAGACAUACCUGGACAAGUGUACACUUGACAUUUGAGACUUUAAACAAUUGCAGUCCAGACAUACCUGGACAAGCAUACACUUGACAUUUGAAACUUUAAACACUUGCAGUCCAGACAUACCUGGACAAGUGUACACUUGACAUUUGAAACUUUAAACAAUUGCAGUCAAGACAUACCUGGACAAGUGUACACUUGACAUUUGAAACUUUAAACAAAUGCAGUCAAGACAUACCUGGACAAGUGUACACUUGACAUUUGAAACUUUAAACAAUUGCAGUCAAGGCAUACCUGGACAAGCGUACACUUGACAUUUGAAACUUUAAACAUUUGCAAUCAAGACAUUCCUGGACAGCGUACACUUGACAUUUGGUACUUUAAACAAUUGCUGUCAAGAAAUACCUGGACAAGCAUACACUUGACAUUUGGUACUUUAAACAAUUGCAGUCAAGAAAUACCUGGACAGCGUAUACUUGACAUUUGAUACUUUAAACAAUUGCAGUCAAGAAAUACCUGGACAGCAUAUACUUGACAUUUGGUACUUUAAACAAUUGCAGUCAAGAAAUACCUGGACAGCGUAUACUUGUUUGAGGACACAUGUUUAAUGUAUUAGGGUAAAAGCAAUAAUUUUUCUAGAAUAUGCCGAAAGUAACAUGAGGGGUCCCCUUGACCUUCACCUUUCUUGACCUUGAUUAGCAAAUUCGGAAGCUUUAAUCCUGAAGUUUAUUGUCAUAGACGUGGUAGCCUCUGCCUUUAAAAUGAAAUUUUUUAUUUAUUUUUUUAAACAUGAACCUAAAUGAUCACAGUGCAAGGUUUAACAAAGCAAACUUUAUGUGUCGUAUAAAUGCCAAUGUUGGGGAAGUUUGCGUUUAAAAAAUAAAGGUUUAAAAAAAAGUUUCUAUUACUGAAAUGUCUAUGUUAUCUCACAGAUGCAAAAGUAACGAAAAGAAAAUCUAAGAAUAGCGACGAGAAAGAGACAUCAGAAGAAAAGUCAUCUAGCAGUAAAUCCAAGGCAUCUCACGGCAACAAAGCAGGAAAAAGUCCACCCAAGAAACAAAGGAAACAAUCCAACUGACUUGUUGACUGUUCUCUGGAAUUUAGAUUGAUGUAUCCAAUUUAGACUCAAAUGUGUCAAUAUUCUUUGAAACCCUGGCCAGAUUGAUGAUGUGAAAAUCAUGUCACAAAACUUUGCCCACUUCAGAAUGUUAUCAAAGGAUGCAAAACCCAGACUUUUCAUCCAUUGAACCAUGUGGCGCUACAGCCCAUGUAGGGCUUUGGCCUGCCUCACCACAUCCUUCCACUCAGACGCAGACCUUUUCUUUUCCAUGCUUGGAUUCCCAGCUGCUGUAGAUCCCUCUCCGCAUCAUCCAUCUAAGCAUAGGUCUGCCUCUGAGCCGUUUCCUGUGGGGUUUUGCCACAGAUUCUAAAUUGAACAAAAUGAUUCAAUAGCCCUCUAUAUCAUAGGAGCUUUAUUUCAUAUUUGAGAACAACUAUUAUGUCAUUAUCAGUUUAUGUAGUAUUUUUGAAAAAUAAAAUAAUUCACGUGAAAACGUUUAAAUGUUUGUUCAAAUUGUAAAUUUUAUGGCCAAAUAAAUACCUGGAAAAUG